AUGUCAUUAAUUGCCAAUGCAACGGAAUUUACGGCUGAAUGUUAUGCAGUUGAAUCACUUCUUCAAUCAACACUUGAAUGUGUUUUUAAUUCAUCAUGUUUAAGUACUACAAUGAAAUUCUUUCUGGAUACUAAUUUGACUAAUAUCAAGCGUCUUGAUGCUAAUCAAACUCAAUAUCCACUUGAAACUAUUAUUGAUAUACUUGUUAAUAACUGA